GCAAGGUUUUACAGCGCGCAAUGGAGGCGCUCCAAGGCGCAGCGAUCGGGAAUGCGUUGCCGCUCGGCGAUCCUUCACUCUCAGAAAUCCAGAAAAUGGAGAGCGAGAGGAGAUUGUGCGGCAUUUGCGACGCCAUUGUCGUGGAAAGGGGUUUGCUCGACUGCUGCGACCAUAUGUUUUGUUUCUCGUGUAUCGAGGACUGGGCUACCGUGACGAAUCUAUGUCCAAUGUGCAAGGCACAGUUCAAGUUCUUGACGUUCUUGGCGACUAAUGACGAAGCGAUUCAAGGAAGGAAUGAGAAUUCUUUCGUUGAAACAAGGGUGGCUGAAGAAGCCUUCUCUUAUUUUAUUGAUGAGGAGGCUAUCGCGUGCCUUGAUGGCGAUGACUGCAAGCUCCGCAUGCAAGCACUUCAAACAGCGUUCGUGGAUACAUCCGUGGCUUGUGAUAAAUGCGAUCGCUGGUACCAUGCUUGCUGUGUUGGCUUUGAUCCUGGGAAACCAAACGAGCGAACCUGGCUCUGUCCAAGGUGUGCUCUCCCUAACGAAGCCGUGGCUGACGAGCAAAAGGAAACUGUUACGGAGAAAAGUGCUAAACAUGAAGAGGUUGCUGCGUCGAUGAGCUUCGCUUUCAUGGAAACAGGAGAGUCGGCUAUUGUGAUAUCCAUGGUUGGCGGGAAGGAAGGCAAUGCGCAAGCGGAGCCUAGUAGUUUACCACCUUCGUCAUCGCUUCCAGAGCCCCAGGAACACACAAGCCUUGACAAGCUUCUUGAAGAUUUGGGCAAGCAAAAUGCAUCUGUUCAUAACGACGAAGAGGGGCAAGAGCUUGAGGAGUUCGAAGAGGAACAAGAGUUUAAGCACGACGAGAAAGACGUAGAAGAGGAGUUUGGAAACUUCGGAGAGGAACAGCAGCUGGAAGAUUUCGGUUUUGAAGAUGCUGAGGAAGAGCAAGAGCUGGACUUUGUGGAAGAGCAACAACAGGGACAGGAGGUAGAAGAUUCUGAACAGAGAGACGAAGAACCUUGUCAAGAUUUUCAGGUGGAGCCUCAGGUUUCGAUUGACAGAGAAGACGUCGGACAGGAGUUGGCUGGGCCAGCCACGGACUUUGUUCCAUCCGAGACUCUUCAAAACGUGACAUCAGAAGCCGACGUCGAGAUGAAAAUCGAAGAACUCGUCAGUGAUGAUGACUCCGACGUUAAACUCAGGCAUCAGGUUGUCAAAGGUCGCGCUGUAGCGGAGGAUUCUUCAGAAAAGCAAAACCAGACAGAUGGGAAAGGCGUGAGAACCAGAAUUAUAAUGAGGAGGGAUGUAGACGACCAAUCUCUUGCUGAAAAAAUUCGCCGGCAAGUUGUAGAAGCGGCUGGUGGCGAUGGAGCACAAGUAUCCAACGAAAAUCUAUUGGCUGCUUACAAGGCAGCAAUCGUCAAACGGGAUGGACCAAAGCAGAAAAAGGCGGUCGACACUGCCAGGAAAAACUUGAAGAGAAAGCUAUAUGGUGGUAUACGUGGUCGCCAGGUUUAUGAUAGGGACUGGGACGUCGCAUUUUGGAGGGACAAGGUCCUGGGUGACAAGCGAAGAAAACCGGAACAAGAAGAGGCAGAGAACACCGAGUCUACUCCUCAGCAACCUGAUUCGAUACUUGACAGGCUCUGCUUUGCCGACUGCUCAUUGCUUCCGAAGAAGGAGGGCUUCCGGCCUCCGCCAGUGACCGAAGACAAGCCAAGGCCGAAGCCGACCUUACACCAAGCUUCCAAAACGUUGGAAGUGAAAACUGAGGUGCCGGCCGAUGGAAAUGCUGAGAAGGACAAGAAACAAUGGGCGCUUGAGCUUUUGGCGAGGAAGAACAAGCAGCAAGUCCGGUCCACUCAUGAUACAUUGAAGGGAAACUUCGUGCAUCUGCCAAAACUUCCUAUCGACAUGAGACCAUCUAUAGAGCCUAAUCCUCGAAGCAAAAUUCCGAGUGCUGUUAGACAGAUUCAGCUGAACCGGUUAACGGACCACUACUUGAAGAAGGUCAAGAUUGGAAGAAAUCAAGCUUCCGAGGAUGCAGUGAACGCUGCGCUUUCGAAGGAAGCUGAGAUCUUUUUAAGAUCGAACAGUAAAGGCGUCUAUGUCAAUCUCUGUGCAAGGGCUUUGGCUCAAGGAGACGCUCCACCAGCUAAGGCCAACGUCGAGACGAACAAGGAUGUUGUUGCUGAAGCCUUGGUGGCGGCCGGUUUGGUUUCAGAUUCUCCUCCCGGAAGUCCUCUCCCUCAAGAAGAAGCGGCUGCUCAACCGGCUGCUCAACCGGCUGCUGAUGUUAUUGAAGCUCCAGAGGCACAAGAACCAUCUCGGGGUACCGAGGUUUUAACGAAUCCAGGGUCGGGGAAGCAGGGAAUAACUGCGUUACUCGAGCAUCUCAGGAAAGAAGAGGAACCAGAAUUACCGGGACUGGAACCAGUUUGUACUCCUUCAGAAUCCAAACAAGAACAAGCGGAUGUCAAAAGCGAAAGCUUACACGUUCCGGAAGGUGGCUCAAAUGCAGCUGACGAAAGUGACUCAAAUGCAACGGAUGCUACUGUGUCUGCGAAACAGGAAGAUACUACAGCUCUGACAAACGAAGAAACAGUCAAAGAAAAGGAGGAGGAGAAACAGAAGCCGUGCAAAGUUGCAGAUAGCGAAAAAGAUAUUGAGAAGACCGUUGAUCACAAGGAAGGUGUCAAGAACCAAGAAAAUGCGAAAGUUGAGGCCAUAAAACCCGAGCAAGACCCUACAGCCACCAAAGCUCACGUGGACAGGCGCACGGACAGAAGCUCGAGAAAACACCCGAGGGAUCCCGCCAGGCCGGACAGGCAUGCGGCGAGGAAGAAGGAGAAAGUCGGCCCCGAGGACCCGAUGAGCGACGAAAAAUUCUCGGAGCUGGACAGCCGCAUCGACCGAGUCAGGAACAGCAUCGCGCAGCAGUUCGGCGAGAACAGCGACAUCGCCCAACAGAUACGUGAGAGCUCCGGGAGCCAAGCUCCAAAGCCUCGAAAGCCAACGCCGGAUCAUCCUCGAAAGCACCAGAGAUCGUCUCCAUCCGUGCAAGAACAGGUGGAAAUGUAUGUCAAGGAACACAUAAGACCACUGUACAAGAGUGGUGUGAUCAUGGCCGAGCAAUACCAGUGGACUGUGAGCAAGACUACUGCCAAAGUUAUGCAGCAUCACAAGGACGCUCCCUCGGCGGAAUUUCUCAUAAGCGAAGGCGGAAGAGUGAAAAAAUUGGCCGAGCAAUACUUGCAAAGGUUUGCGCAAGAGAAGAAGGAAUCAAAGUAAUAAAAAAAGUAUCGUCUUUUUGGCCACGUU